AUGGCGGCUCCGAACCUGGAGAACCAGCUGCAGAGCGCCCAGAAGAACCUGCUGUUCCUGCAGCGAGAACACGCCAACACGCUGAAAGGCCUGCACGCCGAGAUCCGCCGCCUGCAGCAGCACUGCACAGAUCUAACCUACGAGCUGACUGUGAAGAGUUCGGACCUGGCAGGAAAUGGCAGUUCCAGAAGUGACGAGCUCAAAAGAAAGUGUGAAGAUCUUGAAGCUCAGCUGAAAGUCAAAGAGGCUGAAAACAAUGAGUUGCUGAAGGAACUUGAACAGAAGAAUGCAAUGAUCAUGGUGCUGGAAAACACGAUUAAGGAAAGGGAAAAGAAGUACUUGGAGGAGCUGAAGAUGAAGAGCCAUAAGCUCAAUAUGCUGUCGAGCGAACUGGAGCAGAGGGCGAGCACUAUCGCCUACCUGACUUCUCAGCUGCAUGCUACCAAGAAGAAGCUGCUGAGCUCGAGCGGGACAUCGGAGGGGACCCCUUCGGGCAGUCCUGUCCUGUCCAACUACAAGCCGUCCCCUCCCAAAGACAAGCUGCCGGAGACGCCGCGGCGCAGGAUGAAGAAGAGUCUGUCAACACCACUCAACCCUGAGUUUGAAGAGGCCUACCGAAUAGGGGCGGACAGCCGGAAGCUGCUGCUCCGGGAGCCUGUGGAUGCCAUGCCUGACCCCACUCCGUUCCUGUUGGCCAGGGAGACGGCAGAGGUACACCUGAUCAAGGAGAGGCCAUUAGUUAUUCCACCUAUUGCAUCGGAUCGCGCCCCCGGUGAAUCGCACAGCCCGGCCCGAGAGAAGCCACACAAGGCCCACAUUGGGGUGGCGCAUCGCAUCCACCACGUCGCGCCAGCCCAGCCGCAGCCGGAGGUUGAAACGCUGGCAGUGGAUCCGGUCCACGGAAACAAAGUGGUCAGAAAGCACUCAGGGACAGACAGAACUGUGUGA